AUGCCCGAGUAUCGCGUUGAAAUAUCACCGUCCGCACGGGCUCUAUGCCAAGACACCCACUGCAAGAAGGAAGGAGCCAAAAUUGAAAAGGGCGUUCUUCGUUUCGGUACUUACAUCACCUUUGAGGACCGCGGCUCUUGGAAAUGGAAGCAUUGGGGCUGUGUUUCCGGCUUGCAAAUGCAACAGGUCCAAGAGCUCUGUGACAGAAACCAAGAUGGGAAUCUAUCGUUCGACUUCUUUGACGGAUACGACGAGCUCGGUGAUCACCCCGAUAUUCAGGAAAAGAUUCGCCGAUGUGUCAAACAAGGCCACAUCGACGCAGAGGAUUUCAAUGGGGAUCCGGAGUACAAUGUUCCCGGCAAGCGAGGCAUUAGGGCUCCCGCUCGUCGCGCCAAGGCCAAAGCCGACGAGGGUGACGAAAGUGAUGCAGGCAAGCCCAAGGGCAAGCCGGUCAAGAAGAAGGGCAAGAGGGCCCGCGCCGAGGACGAAGAUGAGGAAGACGAACCUGAGCCCGCCAAGCCGGCGAAGAAGGUAAAGAAGGCGGCCAAGACAAAGGCCAAGGCAGCGGAAGUUGAGGAGUCAGAGGAUGCCGAGCCUGUCAAGCCAGUGAAGAAGGCAAAGAAGGCAGUCAAGGCCAAGGCAGAAGUCGAGGAUGAGGACGAGGAAGUUGUGAAGCCCAUUAAGAAAGGAAGGGCCAAGCGCACCAAGGUCGAAAGCGAUGUUGAAGAAGAGGAGGCUAAGCCCGCGAAGAAGAGCAGGGUUACUAAGGCCGAAUCCGAUGCAAGUGAUGAUGAGGAACAUCCGACGGCCAAGUCUACCGCCAAAAAGAUCAAGGCUCAGGGCGCUGCUGGGAAGAAGGCCGUCAAGGCCGUCGUGCGAUCCAAGCCCAAGAAUGAACCUGCCGAGUCCGAGGAUGAGGAGGCAGCGGAUGACGAUAAGGAAGAAGACGUGAAGCCCGCCAAGAAGUCUAAGGCCAAGGCAAAGACUACCGCCAAAACCGCCCGAAAGGCCAAGGAAGAGGAGGAGUCCGAGUCCGAGGAGGUCAAGCCCAAGCCGGCCAAGAAGGCAGCCAAGCCCGUCAGGCAGGCGUCGAGCAAGAAGAGCCGCGGCAAUGAUGAUGGUGAUGUCGAGGCCCCCGCCAACGGCGACACUGGCUCCAGACGCAGGAGCACCCGUCGCAGAUCAUCGCAGGUCUAG